UCCUACAUUGCUCAAGAAUUUACAGCCACGCCUUCAUGGGCUAUUAAAGUAGCUGGAGGGAAGUGCUCAGACACAUUCACCAAGGCAAAGCAUCUGAUAACAUUCCUCUUAUAGAGGAGGAAAGUGACAGCUCUCAAUUUAUAGAUUUUCUAAAUCGCAAGAAAGUACAAUGGCAGUAGUUCCUGAAAUAAAUGACCUCCCAAUGGACAGCUACAGUGAAGAAGAAUUUUAUGCUGAAUGCUCCUCUGAAAUGAAGGUCGAUAUUAACCACUUUGGAUGGAAAGGUUGCACUUCCUCUCAGUCAAGCUGCAGAUCUAGUAUAACUCGGGAGAUUAGAAAGCCAAGAAAAACUAUGCCAUCCUUAAAGAAAGCAAUCAACUUAGUAGUAAUUAUUGGAAGGGUGUCAGGAAAGAAACAUUUUGAGUGCCUCUUCGAUGACCAGGAUCUGCUGAACCACAUCUUAGUGGAGGAAGACAUUUCCAUCAGUAACGUGGAUGAGACAAGUGCAGCUGCACCGAAAUUCCGAUACAGUAACACAACGGUACAUUUCAUUCGGGACAGCAGGCAGAAGUGUCUCACGCUGCAGGAACACCAGGGAAAUGCCCACCUUGUGGCUCUGUUUUUACAAGACAACAACCGUACCAGUGAAGCAAAGAUAAACAUGGGCGCCUACAUGUCUUCACCUUUCAAUGGACAGACAAGGCCAGUUACAUUGAGUAUUGUAGGUCGCAACCUCUACUUAUCUUGCGGAGUUGAAGAGGGUGACCAAGAUACCCCAGUGUUAUCACUAACGGAGGUUGAAAACAUCCAGGAAAAGAAGAAUGAUGUCUUACACCCCUUCCUGUUUUACAAAAGAAUAAAUGCCAAUUCCAGCAAUACCUUUGAAUCAGUUGCUUUCCCUGGCUGGUAUAUUUGUACCUCCCAGGCUGAAAACCAAUUUGUGCAAAUAAAGCCACAAAGUGAUCAAGUGCACAUAAAGGAUUUCCUGCUUUAUUGAACCCAAUAACCUCAGAACCAACCCAUGCAUGUAUGUACCAUGUACAGUGCAAAACCCUGUGUUUUUUUUCUGUUAUAUAUUUGAAUAUGCUUCUCAGUUGACCCAAACUGUUGUUCAGAUGUGACAGAAUAAAUUUAAUGUACCGAACUUUUAUAAAGUUCAUAGUCUCGGUUCGAGACAAAAAAGCAACUCCAUCAAGAGUUAUUUAACUAUAUUGUAUUUAUAUUUAUAUAAGUUUGUAAUAUCUCUUGUGAUUCAUAUUGCACUGCAAGUUAUAUUAUGAAUUUUAUAUUUAAUUAUUUAUCUAAUACUUUAUUUAUUUUUAACAGUAAACAUAAUGCAACACAAUAUAAAACAUACAUUUUUUUUUCACCUUAUUCUAAGGUAAAUAGAAACUAUAAUGUUUUAAAAUAACCACACAGAAUACACAAUAUCAUUUUUUUUUAUUGAUGAACUGUAUAUUUUGUAUGAAAACUAUUGUAUUUUUUUUUAAUGGCAGACUUUUAUGUAAAUAAAUGUAAUGGAAACAA